AUGGCUGAAGGUGAAGUCAGAGCAGCGAAAAGUGCUGCCAAAAAAUCCAGAAGGAGAAAGAAGAGAAGAACUGCAGAUGUUUCCGACUCUUCCGAUUCAGAUUCUUGCUCAGAUAAUGACUAUGGGAGAGAGAAUAAUAAGUCUCUAGAAGAAGUGAAAGAGGAGGAUAUCCAGUUAACGGAUGAUGAAGCAAUUGGUGGUCCGGAAGUGAGCAAAGAGACGAGCGUGGAAAAACUCGACGAUGAAGUAAGAGAUCAACUAAAUGCUAUCCCAUUCACUAGGACUGAAUUAACCGAUAGAACUGAUCAUAUCAAAGGCCAAGGGGCAGACCUAGUAAAAGUGAAGAGAACUUUGGAAGAGGACAGGAAGAAACUGAGCUCAGCUUUGGAGGGUCAGAGGACGAGUAGGACUGACGCUGAAAACAAGAACGCAUAUUUAAGCAUUAUGUUUGAAAACUAUGGAGAAGAGAUAAAUUCACUGAGGGAUGCUCCCGAUUUCACGAACAAGUCUCUGGUUAUGCUGGCGAACGUAUUGAAGGAUGGUACGGGAAUGUUUGAUGUAGACACUUUAAAGACGAUAUUGAACUGA